AUGGCAAGAGUCAACAAAACCAGCAGUGUCUCUGAGUUCAUUCUCCUGGGACUCUCCUCCCGGCCUGAAGACCAGACAUCCCUCUUUAUCCUCUUCCUCACUAUUUACCUGGUCACCAUAAUCGGGAACCUACUCAUCAUCCUGGCCAUCCACUCUGACCCCCAGCUCCAGACCCCCAUGUAUUUCUUCUUGAGUUUCCUGUCCUUCACUGACAUUUGCUUUACGACAACCGUUGUCCCCAGGAUGCUAGUGAACUUCCUGUCAGAGAAGACCAUCUCCUAUGCUGGGUGUCUGACACAGAUGUAUUUCAUUUAUGCUCUGGGCAACACUGACAGCUGCCUUCUGGUGGUCAUGGCCUUUGACCGCUAUGUGGCCAUCUGUGACCCUUUACACUAUGUCACCACCAUGAACCACCAUCGCUGUGUCCUGCUGGUGGCCUUUUCCUUCUCACUUCCUCACCUCCACUCACUCCUACACACCCUACUACUGAAUCGCCUCAUCUUCUGUGACUCCAAUGUCAUCCAUCACUUCCUCUGUGACCUCAGUCCCCUGAUGAAGUUGUCAUGCUCCCCCACCUUUGCCAAUGAAAUUGUGAUACUGUCAGAAGGUUCUGUUGUUUUGGUGACUCCCUUUCUGUGCAUUAUUUUCUCUUAUCUACGAAUCCUCAUCGCAGUUCUCAAGAUCCCCUCAGCUGCUGGGAAACGCAAAGCCUUCUCCACCUGUGGCUCUCACCUCACCGUGGUAGCUCUCUUUUAUGGAAGCAUCUUCUAUGUCUAUUUACAGCCCCUGUCCACCUACACUACCAGGGACCACAUAGCAACACUUGUCUACACAGUUCUGUCAUCCAUGCUAAACCCUUUUAUCUACAGUCUGAGAAACAAAGACCUGAAACAGGGCCUGAGGAAGCUGAUGGGCAGGAGGAAGUCCCAGGCAGUACCCUCUUGA